AUGAUAAAUCUUUAUUGCUUACUGCUACUCUUACUGUUAUUGACAAUAAUUAGCAACACCGUAAUAUGCCAUUCGCCGGCUUCUGAAGCAAAGCCAUCAAAAAAACUUGCAAACGGUACUGCUGAUCGGUUAAAACUUCCUGUUUCCGACAAAAUUACAUUGUUACAGUACAAUACUGCUACAGCGGACGGUACGGGUAGCGGUUACGGAAUGACAUCAAAUAUACGUGGAAAAAAGGAUGUUUACAAAAGCAAAAAGUCACUACUUAAGGUUGAACUGAACCUAUCUGUUUUACAGGAUAAAGAUGACAAAACCAUAUUAAUCAAGAAAAAACGGAAACGAUACCGUCGUCUGCGUAAAGAGAUGAAAAAAAUUAAAUCAUUUCUGGACGCAAAUAAAGGCGCUAGAAAAGGAAGUUUUAUAAAAGGAGCAAAAUUGGAAAAGUGUCGAGCAAAUUGUGACUGGCGUAAACGGUUCUCAAUUAAGUGGAAAAGGCUGAAUGCCCGAGUUAAGAAACUGGAGGCUUGGCGUCGGAACAAUUCGAACAAAAAGUCAAUCAAAGAUUUUGCUAAGGUUUUUGGUCGAUUAAACAACAACAGCAAAGGAGCGGCAGUUCAUUCGUCGAGCAGCAACAACAACAGAGCUAAAAAAGGAUCAAAAAAAUUGGUGUUGGCUGAUGAAACAUCAGUGGAAAAAAGACACAAUCUGGAUGUUCUAUUCUCGUCGGUGAACCAGUCGCUAAAUGGUGAUUCUGGGCGUCCCUGUAAGGCACAUCAGGACUGUAAAGCAGGCCUUUGUUGUCAUCAACUAUCUGAGAAUACAUCAGCAGCAAACCAGCAGUGUAUCAGUUAUCAGUUACGUGAAAACGAAUAUUGCAAAGAUACCUGCCAAUGUGAAGCACAUUUACACUGUAUCCUAAAUAACAACGAUUCAACGAGUACAUCCAACACUGUCGGUUCUGAGCCUCAGGUUUGGAUUCAUACUCAAGCUAGUUAUCUUGACAAAACACUGUUGCACUAA